UGUUCUGUUGCUGAUGCGUAAAAGCUUAAAGGGCAUGUGUUGGGGGCGUCAAGCCUUAUGAGUCUAUAGUUGCCAUGAGAUUGUAAUUGGAAUUGCUGGAGAAGAAUGCCUGGCAUACCUCUCGUGGCUCGUGAAACUUCAUGAGCUGUAAAAGUUAGAACUUCUUACGGCCGGAUGUACUGCGUAGCUUCAAAUCAUAGUUCCUUGCUGGUACAAGCACUAACACAUAUGGGAGAACUAGUUUGCUCUCCCAGCUGUUCCAGAAACGCAGAUCAGAUGUGCCGUGUAGAAUCUCGUGUUCAUCUAUCUGAAGAAGAGGAAAUUGCUGCAGAAGAGAGCCUCUUACUUUACUGCAAGCCAGUUGAACUCUAUAACAUUCUUCAGCGCCGUGCUAUUAGAAAUCCACUCUUUCUUCAAAGAUGUUUGAGGUACAAAAUAGAGACAAAACACAAGAGAAGGAUCCAGAUGACUAUUUCAAUCUCUAGGACUUCAAGUGUAGGUGGCCAGACACAAAAUCUGUUUCCUAUGUAUGUCAUCUUGGGAAGAUUAGUCUCUGAUAUUGCAGUUGCUGAGUUCUCUGGUGUAUAUCGCUUCAAUCGAGCUUGCCUCUUAACUGGCAUUAACAGAGUGGAAUGCAGUUCUCAAGUUAUAGCUAAUUUCAUCCUUCCUGAAAUUAACAAGCUAGCUGUGGAGGCAAAAUCUGGGUCACUUGCUAUAUUAUUUGUCAGCUGUGUUGGAUCUGCAAAUACUUUGUCUGGAGUAGAUUCAGUUGAUGGGCCUUUAUACAUGAGAUCUGUUCCUGCGGUUGCAGGUUACUGCUUAUGGGGCAAGAUACCUCUGGAGUCACUUUACAUUUCAUGGCAGAAUUCAUCAAAUUUUGGUCUUGGACAGAGGGCUGAGAUUAUGUCAAGCGUUGACAUGCGCUCUUGUGUUGUGAAGACAAGUUGCGUCGAUGGAGAGAAGUGUGUAGGAUUUCAAAUUCCAUAUAAUUCUGAUUCUAUGCAUACAGCACAUCAAGUACAGGUAACAAUAUCUGCAGAAGAGCUUGGUUCUAGGGAUAAAUCUCCAUAUGAUUCAUACACGUACAACGAAAAACCUUCCUCAUCACUGUCUAAUGUGAUUCGGUUGAGGGCAGGAAAUGUUAUUUUUAAUUAUAGAUACUACAACAACAGAUUGCAGAAAACUGAAGUAACUGAAGACUUUUCCUGUCCAUUUUGCUUGAUCAAAUGUGCAAGCUUUAAGGGCUUGAGAUGCCACUUGUUAUCAUUACACGAUCUCUUCAACUUUGAAUUUUGGGUAACCGAAGAGUACCAAGCUGUAAACGUUUCCAUGAAGACUGAUGUUUGGAGGUCUGAGAUCAUCGCAGAUGGCAUUGAUCCAAAGCAGCAAACAUUCUUCUUCUGCUCAAGGCCUCUCAGACGUAAAAAGGCUAAGAGCGCAGUUCAAAGUGCAAAGCACAUACAUCCUUUUGUUGUAGAGUCUGAAUAUUCGGACAAGGCGGAUGAUGCUCAAUCUAGCAAAGGUGAAAAGGCUCAAAUAUCAGGUUUUUUAAGUACCACUCUGCAUUCAUCCUAUGAUCCUGACUGCGUACAAUCAAUAUCAGGGCACAAUGUCGCACCAACUAUGCUUCAAUUUGCCAAGACGAGAAAAUUAUCGAUUGAACGUGCAGACCCGAGACACUGUACCCUCCUAAGGAAGAGACAGUUCUUUCAUUCUCACAGAGCUCAGCCAAUGGCAUUGGAACAAGUGUUAUCUGAUCGAGAUAGCGAAGAUGAAGUUGAUGAUGAUGUUGCAGAUCUAGAAGAUAGGCGGAUGCUCGAUGAUUUUGUUGACGUAACUAGGGAUGAGAAGCGAAUGAUGCAUAUGUGGAAUUCAUUUGUCAGGAAGCAAAGGGUGCUGGCAGAUGGCCAUAUCCCUUGGGCUUGCGAGGCAUUUUCACAAUUACACGGACCAAACCUUGUCAAAACUCCAGCUCUACUAUGGUGUUGGAGAUUGUUUAUGAUCAAGUUGUGGAACCAUGGUCUACUUGAUGCAAACUCCAUGAACAGUUGUAACAUUAUUCUUGAAACAAUACAUAGUGAAGCUGCGGAUCCUAAAAGCUGAUCUAAGGAGUCCAAAUUUAUUCAUUUUCAUUUUGAAAAUCAAGAUUAUUGGUGAAAAGAGAAGGUAUUUGUUCACUGCCUUUGUCUAAUGUGUUGUAUUUCUAUGCUACAGGACCGUUUUGUCCCUUUAUUUAUUUAUUUUUAUCAUCAUUGUUUCUUUUUAUGAAAUGUUGAGAUAUCAUGUACUUUGGAUUUGGAAACUCCCAGAGAAUGAAAUUGGAAUACAAAAGAUUUGGCCUCAUGCACCCAACCUUGCUUGGUAUGAGAUUUCCCAGCUGCAAAUCGGUGUUAAACAAAUCAAAGAAAUUCCAUUGUCGUUUUUUAGGGGUUCAAGUUCGAAACCGAAGAAUCUGACUAACCCGAUCUAUCUGGGUUGAUUUUGUCGGUUUGGUGAUUUUAAUGUCGAAUUAAACAAAUCAAAUAUUGAUUGACUAUGCUGGGCAGUAGUUGGUUCUUUUUCGAUCUUUGUGGUUCUUUCUGGCUGGUUGAUUUUAACGUCGAUUUUCAAUUUUGAACUCUAAA